AUGCCUAUUGGUGUGCCGUGUUCGGUCGCCCGUGUUGGCAACAAGGAACUCAUUGCCAACGCGCGACGGUACAACGGUAUCACCUCUGGGGUCAGGUGGGGCUUCGUGGUCCCAGGCCAAUGCGUGUGCAUUGACCUCUGCACCUAUGAGCUGUGGCCCGUCAGUGUUUGUGUUGGGUCUGCCGAGGUCCUCUGGAGUGAUUUUGGUUGCAACAGGAUCUACUUGUAUCUCAUCCCUGAUGGGGAUUGA